CUCUCUCUCUCCAUUCCUGUGGAUUUGUUCCUGCAAAACCUUGGUCAUCCAAGCUAGUCUGACACCCUCUCACUAUGGCUAGCUUUUGGGAUACUCUCAAGUUCUGCCUCCUCCUCCAAAUCGUCUCCAUCUCUCUGGCUCAGUUUCAAGGUCCACCAGGAGAACCUGGACCAAGGGGGCCCCCAGGUCCGCCCGGCAUUCCAGGAGCCGACGGCAUCGACGGAGAUAAAGGUCCACCAGGUGCAGCGGGAAGCCCUGGAACCAAAGGAGAACCAGGCCUUCCAGGUCCAGAUGGCCCUCCGGGGAAACCUGGGAUUGAUGGUCUAACGGGGGCAAAAGGAGAACUGGGCCCAUCUGGAAGACUGGGAGUCAAAGGCCAACCCGGACUUGUAGGACCACCAGGUCUCCCAGGGCCUUCCCUUCCAGGAACUCCUGGCCCUCCAGGUCAAGUUGGACUUCCAGGAGAAAUUGGGGCUUUGGGACCCAAGGGGAUACGUGGACCUGAUGGGCCACGGGGGCCUCCUGGACCUCCUGGGAAGCCGGGCCCGGUUGGCCGCAUCCAAGGAGUGGAAGGCAGUGCCGAUUUCCUGUGCCCAACCAAUUGCCCACCCGGACCCAAAGGACCUCAGGGAUUACAGGGUCUGAAGGGACACAGAGGCCGCCCUGGAGCCCUGGGAGAACCUGGCAGACAAGGAAAACCGGGUCCGAAGGGUGACACAGGUCCCUCUGGAGAACAAGGAAUCCCUGGCCCUCCCGGCCCUCAAGGUCUGAGAGGAUAUCCUGGAAUGGAAGGACCUAAAGGAGAAACGGGUCCCCGUGGUUAUAAGGGCAUGAUUGGAACCAUUGGUGCUGCAGGUCCUCCGGGUGAAGAAGGUCCCAGAGGUCCCCCAGGACAGGCUGGAGAGAAGGGAGAAUUGGGUGCACGUGGUUUCAGGGGCCCUCAAGGAGAAAUGGGCCCCAAAGGAAGAACUGGUCUUCCUGGAAUCGAUGGUAAAGAUGGUACUCCAGGGAUUCCAGGAAUAAAGGGCAGUGCGGGGCAACCGGGGCGUCCAGGUCCCCCAGGGCACCGUGGAUUAGCGGGCUUGCCAGGCACACCUGGGACCAAAGGAGGCCCAGGAGAGAAGGGUGAACCCGGCGGACGUGGCCAGCGAGGUUUGUCGGGUUCACCUGGGAAAAUGGGUGAGCCUGGACCUCCCGGAGAAGUGGGGCCACAGGGGGUUGCUGGCAUGAAGGGAGAUCGAGGUGAGAGGGGCCCAGGGGGUCCUCCAGGACUGCAGGGAAGAGCGGGUCCCAAAGGGGAACAGGGGCCACCAGGAAUCCCAGGUCCACAAGGUCUCCCUGGAGUUAAAGGCAGCAAGGGCUCCCCAGGAAAAACUGGACCCAAGGGUGACAUUGGAGAUCCUGGAGUUGAGGGCCUCCCUGGAGAGAACGGGGAGAAGGGUGAAUCGGGUGAGCCAGGACCAAAAGGACAGUCAGGUGUCCGCGGAGAAGUUGGCUUUCCUGGACCAACUGGGGAUGCAGGGGCACCUGGUGUUAGGGGUUUCCCAGGACCCCCUGGACCUCGCGGACUUGGUGGGGAGCGAGGCGUACCUGGCAUGCCUGGACCGCAAGGUGCUCCGGGAAGGGACACAGGAGAUCAGCACAUUGUUGAUGUGGUCCUGAAAAUGUUGCAAGAACAGCUGGCGGAGUUAGCUGUGAGUGCCAAAAGAGCAGCCCUGGGCGGGGCAGGUGUGAUGGGACCACCAGGACCUCCAGGACCACCGGGGCCUUCUGGUCAGCAAGGGCUACAUGGACACCCAGGUCUUCGUGGCAUCCCAGGGAUCAUUGGAUAUCCAGGAGCAAUUGGCAAUACAGGACCGAAAGGAAAGAGGGGUGAGAAAGGAGAGCAAGGAGAAUCUGGCCGUGGACAUCAAGGGAUGCCAGGUCCACCAGGUAUACCAGGUCUCCCUGGUCGCCCGGGCCAUGCCAUCAAUGGCAAAGAAGGAGAACGAGGCUUUCCAGGUAAUCCAGGAGAAGCUGGACGCCCUGGCUUACCUGGACCUGCUGGCCUUCCUGGGUUCUGUGAGGCAGCUGCUUGUCUAGGAGCGUCGGCCUAUGCCUCGGCUCGCAUGACUGAACCAGGCGCUGUCAAGGGACCGUCGUACUGAAUGUCGCCAGCAGAACCUUCUGGUGUCUCCUGGACUUCGUCAAGUCAGAGAAAGCUCCCUGUUUGGCAUUGAGGGAUACAACACACCAGAACUUGGGGGAGGGGGCAAAGAGAUGGGGAACCACCGAUCUUUUGGGAUGAGAGACCUCUUCUUGAUACUUGGACAUCAAAUGAUCCCUUCAUGUUUUGCUGGUGAGAAGGUGACACUUGGCCACUGUGAGUAGCUUAAGUCCAGCUGAAUGAAAAUGCACCCAAUGAGCGUUUUGGAGAGGGACAACCCAUCAAUAAUUUGGAUAUUAGAAUCUUUCCACUCUUGGACUUUCAUUCAUUGAAAAGUCUACUUGGAUUGGCUGACUUCCUUUUCACUGUUUUCCAUGUUAUUCUUGAUGAGAAGGGGAGGAGGGUUUUAUCUAUCUUGGAUCCAAAUCACAUUUUCUAGAGUCUUGUGUAGUGACCUUGCUACCAAAUAAAAUAGCACUGCAUUGAGAAGAUCUAUGGAAGACAUUCAUUGAAAUGACUCCUGAUAUUUGAUUAGGGCCCUUCCACACAGCCAUAUAACCCAGAAUAUCAAGACAUAUAAUCCACAGUAUCUGCGUUGAACUGGGUUAUCUGAGUCCACACUGCCAUAUAAUCCAGUUCAGGGUGGAUUUUAUACAGCUGCGUGGAAGGGACCACAAUUAUGUAUGUGGACAAAA